UCACUGGAAGCGGGUGAGCAAAUACUUUUGGCAAUGUAGUGAAUGUGUGCAAAAAAAAAGUUGACACCUGUGUAUAUACUUGUAAAUACUACACUUGUUUCUUUUUUUUCCAAACAGACAUGUUCAAAAUUGUCGAAUUUGUUGAGUCACAUGAGGUGGAGCUGGUUCCAGCCAUUUGGGUGGAGAAUGGCCAGUGCUAUUGGCCUAAUUCACUGAGGGGUAUGGCCCUUCACCUGGCCAUUAAAAACAAGACACCUCCUAACUGUGACUGGGGAAGUUGGGAAGUCCGAACAAUGUUUUCAACAGACAGCUAUGAAGAGGGCAGAAGGAAGGCUAAAGAGGCAGAGACCUGGUCAGACCUCCAGUCAGACGCAGAAAUGUCUGGACAGAAACCACCAAGGCGUAAAAUGAAGAGUGUUCGAAUUGGCCCACCUGGAGGUUGCUUACUGGAUUCAGAGGAGGAGUCUGGCCCACCCCCCAAGCAACUUCUUCCACCUGCCCCCACUGUAAACCUCCCUGUAGUCAUCCCAAACACCACUUUCACCCCUGUUCCCAUCACCACAUUGCCAGCAGCAGCAGCACCACCACCACCACCACCACAAGGGUCAUAUACAGAGAUGUUGCAAAAUUGGCAGCCGAUGGACGAUGUCCCACCGCUGCGGAGUUGUCAGACGUUCCGAAUUGCCCCCCAGCAAUCAUCAGAACCAGCCCUGCUGAGGGAGGUUUUAACAAAAUUAGAGAUGGUGCUGGACCAGCAAACCACCAUCCUCAGAUUGUUGCAGCUGCGGGAAGACCAGGGACAGCUUUUGGACAUUGAGGAAGGUUUGCUGCCCCUGCAAGACCUUCCACGACUGCUCAGCCUUGAGCAAAGGAUUCAGCAGAGCCCAGAUUACAAGCAAAAACUGAUAAACUGGUUGGGGCUCAUUGGUGGGGCAGAUGUGCGCGACUGCACCUGGCGCAUAUUAAAGAGGUUGAUUGCCAACUCUCUGGCGAAGAACCUUAAUUGGAGAGGAGUCAAUGGAAAGACUUCAGUGGCCACUCUUCAACUCAGAGAGGUUGUGAUUGGUGCAGUUCGGAGAAACCCCAUAACUGCUAAUGCCGCUGAAAUGGAGGUUGAAGGGACCAUAAGAAGGUGGCUCCAGCUAGCAGCCGAUCGAGAGGGCGGGCGCAAGAGACGGCUUUUGGAGAAGGCAGCUGUCUAAAGUGCACUUGUGUCUCUGUCUGUGUUGAGGGGUGGGUGGGCAUGAAAGGGUUUCUGCAUUUGUUUUGCAUUUGUUCAUGUAUAUGUUCUAAAAUAUGUAUUUGUUCGUUAUUUUAAUAAAAUCCCUUAAAAAAUGUAAA